AUGACUAAUCUACCAUGGAUAAUACAAUCAAAGAUUAUCUAUCUGUUGUGUAGUCAUCGACAGAAUGAAUAUCAACUUGAUAUGAUAAAUCAGGUUGUAUUUACAAUAGCGAGUGUAUCGAAAAUGUGGAGACGAUUGACUGCUGCCUGUUUGACAUCUGCUUGGUACAUUUGUCUUGGGAGACACUCACUUGAAGAGUACCAUCGAUUCAGUAGCCAUCCUCUCAGUCUUUUAUCUGGUGCCAAUCACAACAUUCAACUCAUAGAUGACCAUUCUGAAUCUGUGCCGACAGAAAAGAUACAAGCCAACAUUAUCUAUUCUAAAGCCAAUUUAAAGUGGUUUAUAGAAGACGUUAUCAACAAGACAUCAUGCAUACAGAUCAGUGCAUACAGAUGUGAUGGCAGACCACCCAAAUGGAUUGACUUGAUCGAUCGACCGUUACCAACACUCAAGAAAUUAAGGAUCUAUGGAAGUUUGCAAGUGAUUCAUCUCGACUUGUUUGUACACUUGCAAGAACUUAUCAUUCAGUCCAGUGAAACGACAACCGACGAGCUCUGCUGUAUACUGGACAAUUGUCAAUCACUCGAUUCAUUGGAUUUGGAUACGACAAGACAGUGUGACGUUGGUAUCGACUGGGACACAGUAUUUCCAAGUAUACCUCGAAAGAUUACAAAGUUGUGUAUACGUCGCUUUUGCCACGAUAUGCCAUUCAACCUUUUACCAAAUACUAUUACCGAUCUGAUCGUAUGGGAUUCUAGGCAAUCUGGUAACCAAAUAUACUAUGAUUAUAUACUAGCCAAUAACUCGUCAGUCCGUAAGAUACAUCAAUACGGACUACCAUCAAUGGAAUGUGCUGAUUUCUUAUCAUCCCCUUCUUCACCCAUCAAACAUCUCCAUCUCAAUCUAAUAUGGUUAGUACUAACAACAAUAACAAUCGCAAUCAAGGGUAGACCAUUAGUACCACCAUUAAUUGAAGAAUUGGAGCUCAGAACUAGUUUCUGGCACGAUGAGAAUCAAUCAUAUGUGAUGGACAGUAUUUUCAAGCGUAGUGGACCACUCCCCAAUCUACAUACUUUGAGAAUUAGUACAAACGUAGAUUCCAUCGAUUUCAUCAUUCCAUUGAUCUUGUCGAGUAGGUCGUUAAAAUGUAUCGACUUUUGGUCUACCUAUGGUAGUUAUUAUCGAGAUGAUAACCUAGAACAUCUAGACCCACUCUUGGAAGCAAUUGCAAAGAGUCCAUGUAUUGAAAAGGUUUACUUCAAGGGCACCAGCUCAUUUAUUCCAAUUCUCAAAACACAUUUACGUCUCAACAACAACAACAAAUCAAUGGUUUUAAUCAUUGAUAAAUUAACAUUAUUUAAUAUUAAUAAUUAUCAUUAUGAUUUAUCAUCUUUUGAAAUAAUUGACUUUAAUAAAUAA